AUUUGACGUUCCCCUUUGGGACAGGAAUAUAUCCUGUCGCUGUGAAUUUAUUUUGUUUAGAUAAUCUUGAUUCGCCUAUUUUAGGUACACAGAGAUUAGCCAUUAGGUUUAACGCGAGAUUGACGUAUUCAGCAAUAUUGUUUGUUGUAACUUGCUAACGUUAGCUGACUUUGUGAAGCCUUUGCUCGAGCAAGUGAAUAUUCUUUCACAAUGUCAAUGGAGGGGUUGUCAUCAGUCCAGAAUCUACAAGCGCUCUCUGCCCUCUUAUCCACGCGGGACGAGGAUGAUGAAUAUAAUUGUAGUAAUAUGACAUCAUCCACCGUAAUGGGACCUGGAGAUAUUGGUCUCCCUUCACCUGCUUCCAACAAAUCAGCCUACACCAAGAAGGACAGUAAAGCCAUCUGGAGUGAGGAGGAGGUGACAGAGGGGUCACAGUUUGAUGACCUCACAGACACCCGGCCAAAGCCUGAGUAUGACAUAUUGCUGAAGCAGAAUGUUGGGACAGAGGACGUGUUUCUUGGGAUGAGCAGAAAGGAUCCCUCUUCCAUGUGCUGUGACAGCAUGCUGGUGAAAAUCAAACUGCCAGACACCAAAGCAACAGAUGUAGUCUUGGAUGUGAGGGAGAAAUUCCUUGAUCUGCGAACGCCAAACUUUAAACUGGGCCUACAUCUUCCUCACCCAGUCCACAGUCAGGAUGGAAAAGCCCAGUUCUACAGUGAAAGACAGGAGCUGGAGGUCACUCUACCAAUGAACCGCCUCAUGGACCAAAUCAACCUGCAACGAUGAGAGAAAGUUAGGAGAAAGGAAAAAUAAUUGAGGAGCAAACUGAACUCGAGAGGAAAUUAAGCAAAUCUUGGAGGACACGUGCAUGUGGUUAUGGGUUCCUGAAGUCCUGAAGUCUCUAUCUAUCUAGGGGUUCCUUCAGUUCCUACAUACCUGACCUGUGCACAGGUGAGAGCAGAGCCUCUGUCUUCAGUCAUGAAGCAGAAGAGAUGGCUAUUUCAUUAUAAAGUCUGACCAUUUAAUGUUCAUUGAAUAUAUUUUUUUCUGUUCCAUGAAAAAUAUUGGCAGCGUUUCAAUAAAUACA